AUGGUCGUUCCUGUUCAUUCCAUUCCUCCAGAAGGGAGAACGAGCUACAUCAUUGAUCAGUUAGAGGGAGAACGAAUUAGCAUUCCUGGAAGUAAAGGUGUAUUCAGAAUAUUGGCUUCAUCCAAACAGACCAAUAACAGAAUUGCUGUAUUCUCCAGCGGUGCAGUCCUAUCUGAUGCCCCGGGCUUUCACUGGCAUGAGGAGGCUCAUGAUGUCUUCCUUGUGACCAAAGGGUUUCUAAAGUUGUGGAAUGGCGACAAAUGCAGAAUCAUGGGUCCUGGCGACUUCGCCUAUGUUCCUCCAAGGGUUAUACACAAUCCUGUUUUGCUUGGGCCGCAUACGGAGACUAUGGGCUUGGUGGCGCCCGGUGACUGGAUCGACUUCUUUCGAUACGUCGGCGAGACGUAUGGGGGCAUCGUCGUUCCUGAAAACGAUGAUCACAAUCUUAGCGCCAUGCUAAGAGAAAAGAUGAUGGUGGCCAAAGACCGCUUCGACGUCCAUUUUAAGCGCGAUUAUCAGCCACCAGAAGUUGCAGACUGGCUGGAUUCGGAGAAAAUAAUGCCAGCCCCGGGAGAGCCUUACUUCCUUCGCGCAAACACAGGACCGAGGUGGCUGCUGGGGGGUGUUAUGUCCCGGCCCUUCAUUCUCUCAUCGCAGUGCAGUGGCAAGUUCUCCAUUGCCAGUAUUGAAUCAUCCAAGAUGUACAAGUCAAAACCCCUGGCUCGCUGGUUGAGCUUCCCCACGGUGGACCACUGCUUCUGCGUUCAAGAAGGGCUUCUGCGUGUUAAACUGAAGUCAAGCGGGGAUUCAUGGAGUGAAGCUCGGGAGGGCCAAACGCUUGUGAUCACGGCCGGUGACGCCUUUGUACUGGACUUUGCUAGCCGAUACGUAAGAGUUUGGUCCUUCACUAACGGUCGUGGAAUUGAAGAGGUGGUGCAGAAUGCCGGGACGCAGAUUUCUGACUAUGUGUUGCCAGACAGUGCUGUAUCUUGGGAGGAAGAGAAGCUGUCGAAUGUAUGUCGAGAGCUGGGUGUGGAGACCCAACAGUUCUAA